UUAUCCUCACAACGGUUCCGCAGUGCUGGAGCCUAUCCCAGCUGCCAACGGGCAGGAGGCGGGGUACACCCUGAACUGGUCGCCAGCCAAUCGCAGGGCACAGGGAGACAAACAACAGCCGCACUCACAAUCACACCUAUGGACAAUUUAGGGUGUCCAAUUAAUGUUGCAUGUUUUUGGGACGUGGGAGGAAACCGGAGUGCCCGGAGAGAAAACACGCAGGCAUGGGGAGAACAUGCAAACUCCACACAGGCGAGUCCGGGAUUGAACCCAGAUCCUCAGAACUAUGAGGCCAACGCUUUACCAGGAAGAACACAAGAGGGGGGUGAUCGAGUGCGCAUGUCCAUGGAGACCGGCGUGGUCCACAUCCAACGAGAGGGCGGGGCCGGGGACCGGUGUCCCUGGGACCGGGAUGGCGAGGCCGGCGAGGCCGGCGAGGCGGGUUGCACCUGGCCGACCUCCGCCGCCUCGUCUUCGGCCUCGGACGCCCUCAACGGCACGUGGGAGGCCGAGGCCAUGUCGCCCAUCAUCCCCGUGAUCGUGGCCGUGUACUCGCUGGUGUUUGUGGUGGGGCUGGUGGGCAACUGCCUGGUCAUGUACGUCAUCAUCAGGUACACGAAGAUGAAGACAGCCACCAACAUCUACAUCCUGAACCUGGCGGUGGCGGACGCGCUGGUGACCAGCACGAUGCCCUUCCAGAGCACCGACUACCUGCUGAGCUCGUGGCCCUUCGGCCAGGUGGCCUGCAAGGUCUUCAUCUCCAUCGACUACUACAACAUGUUCACCAGCAUCUUCACGCUCACCAUGAUGAGCGUGGACCGCUACGUGGCCGUCUGCCACCCCGUCAAGGCGCUGGACUUCCGCACGCCCGUCAAGGCCAAGGUCAUCAACGUGCUGAUCUGGGGGCUGUCGUCCGCCGCCGGCGUGCCCGCCAUGAUCCUGGGCGGCACCAAGACCAACAACGGGACCACGGAAUGCGCUCUUCAGUUCCCGGACCCGUACACUUACUGGGACACGCUGAUGAAGAUCUGCGUGUUCAUCUUCGCCUUCGUGGUGCCCGUCAUCAUCAUCAGCGUCUGCUACACGCUGAUGAUCCUGCGCCUCAAGAACGUCCGGCUGCUGUCCGGCUCGCGCGAGAAGGACCGCAACUUGCGGCGCAUCGCCCGCCUGGUCCUGGUGGUGGUGGCGGUCUUCGUGGUGUGCUGGACCCCCAUCCACAUCUUCAUCCUGGUCAAGGCCCUGUCGCCCCACGUGCCCGAGACCACGCCGGUCACGGCCGCUUACUUCUUCUGCGUGGCGCUGGGCUACACCAACAGCAGCCUCAACCCCAUCCUGUACGCGUUCCUGGACGAGAACUUCAAGAGGUGCUUCUGGGAUUUCUGCCGGCCCGGCGCCGGGAGGGAUUGCCAGGGCGCCAGCCGGGUCCGGAGCACCCUCCGGGACCACACGUGCACCGCCGACAACCGCGGGGACCCCGGGCAGGCUAGGCCCGUAUGACUAGCCGUGGACGCGUCCUCCACGCAGGGACCGGAGGACUCCAACGACUUGUGCUUGACGCAAGUCACCACCGCCGUCUGAGCGUCACGGUGGGGGUCCGCGCCACGUGAAGUCACUAUGGCGGCCCCCCAAACGUCCCUUUUGCACCAAGUCGCCGUUUUGGCCGACCGAUUGUGAUGGCGCCACGGUGGGCCGCAUCCCGCGAUACGGUGGCCCACUUGUGAUGACAUCACGGUGGUAAAGUCAACGUGGUGGUCCACAAUUUCUGAUGUCAACCACGCCGGUGAUGUCACUAAUGGUCACCGUGGUGACGCAGUAAGCCAGCAAUGGUGGUCCGCUCAGGACGUCACCAUAGUGACGAUGUCACCAUGGUGAUCCACAACUUGUGAUAUCACCUCUGUUGGUCCUCUUGUGAUGUCAGGAUGGUGGUCUGCUAGUGACAUGGACUCAUGUUUUAAGUUAUGAUUUUAUCACAGGUGGCACGGUGGAGCAGCUGAUAAAGCGUUGGCCUCACAGUUCUGAGGACCCAGGUUUGAUCCCGGUCCCGCCUGUGUGGAAUUUGCAUAUUCUCCCUGUGCCCGUGUGGGUUUCCUCCGGGCAUGUCCACCUCCCAAAAACACACGACGUUAUUAAUUGGACACUUUAAAUUGUCCCAAGGUGUGAUUGUGAGAGCGGCUGUUUGUCUCCAUGUGCCCUGCGAUUGGUUGCCAACCAGUUCAGGGUGUGCCCCGCCUCUUGCCCGUGGACCGCUAGGAUAGGCUCCGGCACUCCCUCGACCCUCGUGAGGAUAAGCGGCUAAGAAAAUGGAUGGAUGGAUGGAUUUUAUCACACUUUGUCAAUUCGUGGACUCACACACAGUGAAGAAAAUAAGUAAUUGAACACCCUGCAAUAUUGCAAGUUCUCCCACUUAGAACUCUUGGAGGGGUCUGAAAUUUUUGUCGUAUUACACAAAUAAAUUGUUAAAAAAAUGUGAUUUCUGGAGAUGCGCCUACGAUAAAACUUUCAGACCCCUCCGUGAUUUCUAAGUGUGAGAACUUGCAAAAUAGUAGGGUGUUCAAAUACUUAUUUUCUUCAACUGUAAUAGUGCGUCAUCCAAUUGAGGAUAUUAAAAUGCAACUAAAAGCAAUUAAAAAAGUAUAAUGUGGUGGAUGUAAUUAGCUUUACUCGGGCGCCUAAAAGCACCAUGUGACGCUUUCCUGCGACACACACGCAGGGCAGACAUGGCAUCUGUAAAGCUGACAUUUAUGUUACAUUGUGAUGUCAAGUAUUUGUAUGUUUUUGUGUGUCCGUGUGUGUGUGUUUGACAAUAUAAGUCUCUUUUCGAGUAAAUGUAUUUCCUGUUUCGCUAUCUGAGGAAAUACACGAUGAUAUAUUUUUUCGAUUAUCGCCGGAUAGCAUUUGUGGUCCCAAGCGUGAUUAAAAAAAAAUAUAUAUACUUUUGGAAAGGGGGUUCCAAAAAAAAAUUAAAGAAGACUAGAAUAGUGAAAUAUACAUUAAUAAAUAUAUAAUAGUAAUUAAUUAUAAUUAAUAAUUUAUUGUUAUAAGAAUAAAUAAUAGAUGAAUAAAUAGUGAAACCGUUUUUAAACCAUGCAUAUUCAUUUUGCAAUGGCGCUACCGCUCCGUACGACUCAUUCGCUCCUCGAUGUGCCAAAGAUAUGAUUCCACCCUCCAACAAAAAAAUUCCAUUGUGAACAUGUGUUGUGCGAAUGUUAUUAUUUUAAACGCGGUUUUGGCCCCGCGGGUAUAGGUGCACCCCCCCCCCCCCGUCCGGUUUUACAAAGUCCGUGUCUGUUUUUGCUGCAUCUUGUGCGUUUUUUUUUUUUUUUUUUUGCCAAACUGGACUUCAGAUAGUUUGAGACGGAAAUGUUUUGCAUGUGAAUUAAUUUCAUAUUUGGAGGCUGAACUGGUGAGGAGACUGGAAAAAAAAAUCACUUGAUGAUUGCUGGAGUCUCAACACAUUGGAAAUGAGCUAUUAUGACAAUAUCGAUAUAUUUCUAUUGCUUUGUGAUGUAAUGUGAUACGAAAGCAUUGAUCCCGCACAAAGUAUUUCAUAUUGUGACAUAUUACAGGAUGGAUUGUAACUAUGUUUUGAUUGAUUGUCCUGAUUGCUGUAUCAAUAUGACUGUGCCAUAUU